AGCCCCUGGAAUGUCGAUUGACUGAGAUGGGGCUGGAGUAUGGGGGAAUCAAGAACGUUGAUGCGGACGGUCGGAAUUGUCAACCCUGGUUGGGUCGGGCGAACGACGAACGAGUCUCAGUCAUGGGCAUAAUGAUGAUCCCUGAUGAAGGCGUAGACAGUAGUCACAACUACUGUCGCAAUCCGAACGCUAACUAUUACGGCCUCUGGUGCUUCACUGAAGAGGGAACUGGCGAAAGAUGGGGACAUUGCAUGGUCCCUUUCUGCUAUCAAUUGUAUGAGCGCAUCGCCGUCGAAGGUAAACCGGCGGAAGGAUACCCAGAAUGCUUCCAGAUCGCGAUGGGGAAGGAAUACGUAGGAACGACGAAGAAAACGAAGACCGGAAAGCCCUGUCUCCGAUGGGAUUCUCAGCCAUAUGGACAACCUGAGGACUUCGACUCGAAUGCAACUUAUGAGGAUCAUUUCCGAUUUGGCAAUCCCACGUUGGACCAGGAUUUCUGCAGGAACCCGACGUUCAGGCAGCAACCCUGGUGCUUCGUUGAAGAUCCAGACAUCGAAUGGGAAUUUUGCCAAAUUCCAUUUUGCCCCAACUACCCCAACAAGACGGAAUGCAGAUGGACUAAAGAGGGAGAGGAGUACGCCGGGACACGAAAUACAUCAUUGUCAGGAUUUCCGUGUAUGCGAUGGGAUCAACUCACGUAUACAAAUUUGCGCAAUUGGGCCAGAUACCCCGAGGACGUGAGGAGAGAGAAGCACAACUAUUGUCGCAAUCCGUCAAUGAAUGAGCAGGAGCCCUUCUGCUUCAUUUCAAGUGAAUACACAGAAAUAUGUGACAUUCCUUUUUGCCCCUUCCACUACCUCUAC